AAAUAUCUCAUCACAAAAAUCCUAAAAAGUUUCAGAAGUAGAUGUUGAAAGCGUUUGUAUUCACCGAAAAUUAGGGUUUAUAUUUUUUAAAGAUGUCGACGCCAGCGAGCAAUCCGAGUUCCGACUCCGACUCCGACUCCGAAGUCGAGAACCUUCCAACUCCUAUUUCUAACUUGUCUUCUGACGCACUAACUGCCAGCACUACAGCCAAUCCGUCCAGUCCGCCACUCGUUUGCCUUCUUCGUUUCGCCGGUGACUCAGCCGCCGGCGCUUUCAUGGGAUCCAUUUUCGGCUACGGUUCAGGAUUAAUUAAAAAGAAAGGUUUGAAAGGAUCAUUUUCUGAGGCAGGAUCUUCUGCUAAGACAUUUGCGGUUCUGUCUGGAGUUCACAGUUUAGUUGUAUGCUUUAUGAAGAGGUUGCGGGGGAAAGAUGAUGUCAUCAAUGCAGGAGUUGCAGGAUGUUGCACAGGUCUUGCUUUAAGCUAUCCAGGUGCCCCACAAGCUCUACUUCAAAGCUGUCUCACAUUUGGGGCGUUCUCGUUUAUUAUCGAAGGUCUAAACAAGCAGCAGCCUGCACUUGCUUUGCCGGCUUCCUUGGGCAGCAAAGGAAGGCCCUUCGAUGUGCUUACUCCUUUGGCAAUUCCCCUUCCUCACGAACUGAAGGAGUCUUUUGCUUCUUUUUGCCACACUCUUGAGAAAAUGAGGCAAUCUUAAAGAUCAUCUUUGCUUAAAAAAAAAAAAAAAAAAAAUUCACUUGAUUAACAGUUUAACGCUCUUCUAUUUUCAACUGAAUGCAUUGCAACAAAAUGUUUUGCUUUGUUAAGUGAUAGUGAAUCGUAAAGCUCUUAUUAUGUCCUAAUUGUAUUAUGUACGCUGAAUUAUGCAGUGUCCUCUUCUACUGUUGUGCAAUCCAAAUAUCAGUCAUAAUUAGAGUA